CCAUCUCUCCCGAUUCUACCCAUGGUACCAAAUUCAUCUCUAUAACCUACUUCUGAACUCUCACCGUCGACUCACCCAACAAGACUCUUAGGGCACGAAUCCUUCUACAAGCAACAUCGUUCGCAUCAAUUUGGAGUGUCGGCAAGACCUCUAGGGUUUUAUUUUUCAUCAAUCUCAACCGCAAGCAAAAUCAAUAUAGAGCCACCCUGAUGCCCGUGUUUUAGCCGGCUGAUAAUCUGGUACGCUUUCCCUAACCCAUACCAUGCUCGAUAAUCGAAUGGACUUAUGUCCAUAAUAACUUUAGUCAAUUUUGUAGAAUAAGCGAUAUAUAGUUCGGAAUGGAUCUCUAUAUUGGUAAGAUUGACAUAUAACACAUUUGAUAAUCCUCUUAUUACUUCAUUCUUUUUUACUCCAUAUUUUUUUAUUUGUUUUCAGUGUUGAUUUCAUAAGAAGUUUGUUAUGUUGUCAAGAGGCUACCUCACUCAGAUUCAAUAUAAGGGGACUAACUCCAACAAAAUAGGUAGGCAACCUCAAAGAAGUUGUUGCAAACAGAUAAAAGAAUUGUUGGCAACCUCAAGUUUCUUUAAUUUAAUUCUCUCUCUUCAAAGUUUGAUAUGGUCCAAUGAGCAUCAUUUUCUACAGAGAGUAAUUAUUUUAUACUCCAUAUUAGACUGAACAAUGUUGCGCUUCUAUGUUUUAGUACUCUGUUUGUGAUGUGCAAGAUAGCAGCAGUUUAGAUUCAAUCUUAUAAGUGUAGAGCAGCAUUUCAUUACAGUUUCUUAUAUACUGAAGGUAGUUUCUUUCAGGCUUUUUUUGGUUUUGCUUAUAGACUUUUUUCUUUGUUAUUGCUGGCCUAUAUUGGUUUUGUAGUUGGUUUCUAAGGAUUUCCAUUACACCUUUAGAGGGUUUAAUGUAUGAUUUUAGUUGGACUUUCAUUGUUGAUCAUACUUAGAGCCUGUUAUUGGCUAUGAGAUUGAUUUUAAAUGGUCUGUACAUUAUCAACUAUCAAUAGAUGUUUGAAUUUACAGAUGCUUGGGCCUGGUGUGGAUCAGCUCAGAAGUGUAGAUUGGUUUUAUAUUUCAGCUCAAGAAUUUGGUUUGCUAUUGUAUUAUAACAUUGACUAAGGUAGCAUAUGAAAGAAGGAAGCAAACUACCAUGGUGUCAAAAUAAUUAAAUUGGGGAUUGGUGACUUCGGGCUGUGGCUUCAAGUAUUGUCUGUGUCUUGAUGCAUACAAAGAAUUUUUUGUUCUCAGCUGAUUCUUUGAGGUUUUGGCUCUCUCAUUGGUUUGUUAAGACAAGGUUGCAUAUGUUUGGUUGUUUGGUAAUUUUUGAUUAUAUGUAUGUAUUGCAGGUUGUGGCUUUGGCAAAUGUAGAAUUGAUGUUCAUUGCUUUAUUGCAGUUGAUGCAGAAUAGUAGCCUUCAUAGCGGAGGACCAAACAAUGCUGAAGGUCUUGUGGUUAUGUACACGCUCGACAUUUGCUAGAAUGUGAAUAAUAUGGAUUUUUGCUUUUAGGUUACAAUUUUGUUGGCUUUUACUUUUAGUUUGUAUUUUUAGGCUUCUUUUUUGUCCGAGGGGCUUCGGUUUGGUCCUCCCCUCUUGUUCUUUUAUUGACAUCCAUUUUUAAUAAAUGCUUUAUCUCCCU